AUGCCGCCGCCGGCGACCCCUGCCCCUAGCGCUACCGUGCACCCAUGCUUGAGGACGCACGGAAAAGAGGUCGCUAGGCUGCACCUGUUCGACUGGAUCGUGCUGCUCCUGCUUGUCGCCACGAUUGGUUUGCUGGGCCUGGUCCAGCCGUUCCACCGCUUCGUGUCCCAGGACAUGAUGGCGGACCUCCGGUACCCCAUGAAGCGCAGCACCGUGCCCGACUGGGCCGUGCCGGUUAUUGCCGUCGUUGUGCCGAUGGUUUUCAUCGUUGGGAUAUACAUCAAGAGGAGGAACGUCUAUGACCUGCAUCACGCCAUCCUUGGCCUCCUGUUUUCCGUCCUUAUAACUGCUAUCGUGACCGUUGCGAUCAAGGACGCGGUUGGUCGGCCGCGCCCGGACUUCUUUUGGCGCUGCUUUCCCGACGGAGUGCCGAAGUACGACAACGUCACCGGAGAUGUGAUAUGCCACGGUAAACCAGGCGCGAUCAAAGAGGGGUACAAGAGCUUCCCGAGUGGGCAUGCUUCAGGCGCAUUUGCUGGGCUUGGAUUCCUGUCAUGGUACCUGGCCGGCAAAAUGAAGGCUUUUGAUCGAAGAGGACACAUCGCCAAGCUCUGCAUCGUUCUUCUGCCUCUCCUUUCCGCGACGAUGGUUGCGGUAUCGCGGGUGACGGACUACUGGCACCACUGGCAGGAUGUGUUUGCUGGUGGAGUCCUUGGAUGGGUGGUUGCUUCAUUUUGCUACCUUCAGUUCUUUCCACCACCCUACAGUGAACAUGGAGUUUGGCCUCAUGCGUACUUGGAGCACAUUCGUCGUCCGGAGGGUGAAAUGCAUGUGCAAUCAACAACAAACUCGAAUAUGCACCAUAACUCACUGCCACUUGAUCUUUCUGGAUCAAAUGAGACGAGAACCACCAGCCAUGCACUGGAUUCCAUGGAAGAAGGGAGCAGAGAUCAGUGA